UCCCGUCCGCCGCGUAAUGCAGGACUAAGAAUGUAGUCGUAGCGUGGGGAUCUACUUUCGAUCUCCGUCCGAAACAAUUACUGUCAAAUAAGUAAUAUUCGACAAAAUUAAAAGACAAUGUGUGAGUAGUUUACAGGUAGUGAAUGGACCGUUUUAGUCCUAAAAAAUUUGUUCUUCCGUGGUCCACUGAGAAAUAAAAUUUGUCUCUGCACAAUAACUUUGCUCUUUGCUGUCAUGUGGUGGGGUUAAUCAAAUUGGGAUAUCGGGAUAUUCUUGGGGGCGAUCAAUCAUUUCAUUCUUCUAGAACUAUGGUGAAUAAAAUAGGAUAAACGGAACUUCAAUUUAAAAUGGCGCAAUCGAGCUUCAGCACUGUUGACGAGUAUGGGUUUGAGAGGCACGAAGACUUCGAUUUCGAAAGUUAUGAAGAUUUUAUGUCAGUGUACCUGAAAGUGCUAGCCACAAGGGCGCUAAAAUGGUCUAGUCUACUUGGCGAAGGAAAGUCGGUCAAACGCACGAACACUGUAAAAAGAUAUGUUCGGAAGGGAAUCCCAAGUGAAUAUCGUCCAUCAGUAUGGAUGACAAUAUCCGAGGCAGAGAAAUGGAAGGAUCAGUGCCCAGAUCUGUACCACAAAAUAUUAGAUGGCCCUUUUGAAAAGGAGCUUGUAGAUUUAGUGAAGACAGACCUGCCUCGCACAUUUCCUGACAACAUUUACUUUACAAAGGAAGCUAACCACCAAACACAUCUGUUUAAUAUUCUCAUUGCAUAUGCACAUAAUAAUAGAGUUGUUGGUUAUUGUCAAGGCUUAAAUUACAUAGCUGGUCUUCUGCUACUGGCUACAAAAAGUGAAGAAACAUCAUUCUGGCUGCUCAAAGUGUUGGUGGAAAAGAUUCUUCCAGAUUAUUAUACUAGAACCAUGGAUGGUUUGAUUGUAGAUAUUGAGGUGUUAUCAGAGCUAGUCAAAUCUAAAGUGCCCGAUGUGCAUCAGCAUGUGAUAAACCUCGGGUUGCCAUGGGCCGUGAUAACAACCAAGUGGUUUGUAUGUCUGUUUGCUGAAGUGCUGCCAAUAGAGACUGUGCUGAGGAUAUGGGAUUGUAUGUUCUAUGAGGGCUCCAAAAUUCUCUUCAGAGUGUGUCUCACUCUAAUUAAGUCGAACCGUGCAACCAUCAUGGCAUGCAAUGACUUCACAUCGCUGGCAGAAUGUUUCAAGGCUAUUGUUAAAAACGCGAGUGCUCUGCAUUGCCAUGAGUUCAUGCGAUCCAUUUUCAAAGUACCUGGGACAUUAUCAAACUCUACAAUAUCUAAAUUGCGAGGCCGCUUCGCCCGACAACGUCGCGAGCAACAGCAGAAAGAAGCGCAGUGAAGCACUAACAACAAACAUAGCAGUUUUGAUCUCAUUCUCUAAUAAACCACCAAAAUUUACUGUUUUUUACAAAAUUAAAAACCAUGACCAAUGAUGCAAACUAUUUUGAUCUCGUAGUGGAUACUUUUUAUUCACAUUUUAAAUACCUACUAAAAAGGAGGAGCUUCUCAAUUUGACUGUAUAAAUCUUUUGGAGAUCAAAUUACACUACUUUGCUAUCAAUAUACAUACACCUUUUUAAACUAUUUGGUGGAUUGUUUUACAUGGUUGAAUUAUGCUGUUUUUGUUAGAAGUAACCUGAAGCUAAUUUGUCUGUUUGAACAAAAUCAAAAUAUUUAUGUGCAUGUGUGCAUAACUGUCUGAAAAAAGUUGACCAGAACACAAUGGCAAGCUUAUAAUUUUUUAUAAGAAAAAAGUUUUUGAAAACAACAGAGAUCAGAUGUCUGUUUAUAAAGGAUGGUGUUAUGAUUUUGAAUUAAUAUUCUGACCUCAUUUUUGUUUCAUAUUGAGCGUAUUGUUAUAAUUUUUGUCUCCAGCUUAGGGAGUCAUAAUCAUUAUAGACUUGAGCUGACCAAAUAAGCUUUAUGUUUGUGAAAUAAUAGCGAAAAAGUCGUUGCGCAUUCCGCUUCUGCUGAACAUGUCUGUUUCUGUCUUUUUUUAAAUGAAUUAGUGUUGUUUAUAAGUGUGAUGACCCCUUUCAUGUCUAGUUUGCUUUAAGUUGUUGUUCUAUUUUUUAGUGUAUUAGUUUUUGCCCCAUAAUACAAAAUUGAGGUAUAUUGGUACAAUAGAUGUGUAUACUUUUAUGAUUGGAAUGAUAUAUCGUCAUAUACAGGGUGUCAAUUUGAGACGGGGCAUUGCUGCCCCGAGGUUUUUUGCAAUUUCUGGCAUUUCGAGUACUCUUACCUCAGUAGUCCAAUAGAAACUAUUAAACCUUACCAGAGACUGGAACGAAUGGCAUAAAAAAAGUUUUAUAAAAAUUUCCUUCUAUCUUGCUGACUGUACCAUUUUUUCAAAAUCUGUGAAUGCCAAUCAAAAUAUCUUUAAAAUUCAUGGAUAGUCUUCUAGAUAGGUUUUCCUGUAACUACAAUGAUUAUGGUAGCUGGCCUUGCUGCCCUGUCUCAAAUUUACAACCUGUAUAAAAUUUCGUUAUUGAAAUAAAAAAGACGGCAUAACAUGACAUAUUGUACCAUUAGUUGGUGAUGUUUUGAUAUGUUAUUGGUAUAGAGUUUUAGUCAUAAGGUUUAGCUUUGUUAUGUAUAGUAUUAUUUAGAUUUUUGAUGUUUCAUUUUUAUAGCUGGCAUGCUUGUUUACACUUUUUGAUUAUUGCCAUGAUGCAUUUAAAUUAUACAUUUCAUAACUUUUACCUAAUGCAGUUUAUGUAUGUAAAAUAUUAGAUAAAUCCCUGUAUAACUUAAUUACGAUUUUCAAUAUUUCAGCCAAAUUCUAACAGAACAAAUAAUUUUUAAUGUCACUUUUUAUUUAGAUGCUAAGUUAAGCUAAGUGGUUAUUGUCAUGAGAGUUUUCUAGAGUACUGCAGAAUUCAUACAAAAUUCUCUAUAAUUAAGAACAAUGCACUGAAUGUUACUUCUAUUUGUUUGUUUUGAAGUCACACAAAAUGUACAACUAGUUUUGCAUAUAUUAUAAUUAGAAUAUGUAACAAAAACAGUACACAUACUUAUUUCGUUAAUCAUUUUAAUCCUGACAAUAAUUUACGCAUAUCAAGUAUGUUAGUGAUGCUUAACUUACCUAUUAGACUUCGCUUCUUAAUUUGUUGUACCAUUGUCUUUUUAUCUCGAUUUCAUUGGACAGAAAAGACACCCAGAUUUUGAAAGUGCAUGGUGAGCGUCACAAUACACUCAGCAUACAAAAUUACUAUAUUAUGUAGGUUUUUGAUAACCGAAACUUAUCUCGGUGAAUUUAAAGGUGCACUUUCAACAAGGUAUUUAACAAGUACCUAUUACAAAAACUAAUAUUUAAAAAUAGUCCCAAAUUGAAAGGAUAGUCCCUCCAUCGACUAUAAUUAUUUUCGCGUGCCUGAUUCCAGCAUGACCAUGGUCGAGUUUGUGAAAUUUGAUUAGCCAAGUAAAAAGUCUCUAUUUAGUCGCAGAUCCGCCGUUCAAAAGUUUUAAGUGUUUUAUUGUCCA